AUGUAUCGAAAAGAAAGGUACUGUCAGAGCCAGCAACACGCCGUGUGUUUCGGGCUCUUGGUGCCGGCGGCGGAGCACUGCUGCUCCGCGUGCGCCGAGCGGGACCCCAGCAGGAGCCCCACCUGCGGCUACUUGAAAGGCGUGGGCCCUCGCAAGCAGGAGUGUCUCUGCAUCUUCCGUCGCUCGCUAGUGAUAUGUUCCCGCCAGACAACGGUCACCGGCGAGCAACUGAUGGGCAAGUUCAAUCUGACCGCCGCCAGCACCAGCAAGAUGCUCCGGCUGAUGCAGUCGCACCAUAUUGUCCCACCCGACGUCGACCCCGCAUUAUUGUCCAUCGCCCGACCCAUUGACCCGAUGGGUCUAAAGCUGGCAUAUAAGAGAUUCUUCCGCCUGGAGCAAGACACAAUCCCCGACCGUGUGAUCGCUGAGACUGAGGCUUCAGACCCCGUGGAGGAAGCACUCAGUCCUAUAGAGAAGAUGUCGCUCAAGGAUACUAAUCUAGGCUCAGUCAUACAAAAGCCCGUUUCCCAACCAACUCCUCUGAAGGAGUUCAGCGAAGUGGAACUACCCAGCAAAGACACAUCGGAGGACCUUCCUCUUAGCGGCUCACACAACCCAAUCAAGAUCCCGCGGGCUGAGAGAAAGAGAAAGCAAGAUGAUGAGGACUGGACGCCUAAUAAGCUGCCGAGGCUACGCUCUGGGGCUAGUAAGAAGAAGAAGUAGACGUUUCGAAUUCGUUGUAUUUUUAACUAAUCCAAAUAUUUUCCAUUUUUAACUACAGUGCCAUAUAUGGGACAUGUGUUCCAUAUAUGGGACAAAAGUGGCACUAUUGAACCUUUUUUCAUACAUGACAUUUAGAUAAUUUGUUUGAAUAUGGCCUCAAAUAACUGUCAGUAUUUUUUUAUAACUGCCAUAUAUGGAACAAUAUAUAUUAGUUGUAGUUCUAGCCAGUCAAGAUUGACCCCAGUCAUUGUUUUUUUUUGUUUAAUUAGUUGUAAGUGAUUAGCCGGGUCCACACUGACCGCACGCCUCGCGAAACGUCCGUGCUCAUAACAUGAAUGUGCGCACGUUUGCCUUGCAGUGAAUUUGCUUGGCAAGAUGGCGGCUACAAGAAACAAGGUCAUCUAUUUGUAUAGGGGCCGAGUGUGUCAGAUUUUGUACUGAGGUUGUUACUUGCCUGUGAUUGGAAAUAUGCCUAAGGUCCUAGAGUGUUCAAUUGUUAAUAAUUUUUGUGUUGUUGCCACUUGUUGCAAUUAAAUAUUAUGUAACGACUUAAUGAGGCAUUUUCUAUAUUUUUGUUGACUUCAAUUUACAAAAAAUCACGCCCGAAAGCUGCAAGGUGUGAAUAAAGACGGACAACUCAGUGGAUUUGACUGAGUCCGUUUGACACGCUA